AUGGAGGCAUGCAUUUUUUCAACUGCUUACAAGGUGAUUGUUUGCUCGUUGCUCGGUGUGACUGCUGUUCUUUCCCCACUUUUGAAUGCAUUUGUUUGUUUAACAAUAUUCAAACAAAGGAAAUUUCGUACAACUGGGAAUAUCUUGAUAUGCAAUCUGGCAUUAAGCGAUGGCCUAAUUGGCCUUACUUUGGCUCCACUUGAAGUGGUCUAUGUGUCGCAUUUUCCACGAUGGCAACUGGAAAGAUCUGGUACUGAUAUCCUAAAUUCAAUAUGGCUAUUUUCCUUAGUAUCUCCGUUUGUAAUCGUGUCAGCUAUUACAAUCGAGAGGUAUCGAACAAUCAAAACAUUUACCCUCGCUACAAGGGAGCAAAUUUCCACCAAAAAGCUGUUGAUUGUAAUUACAAUUUUGUGGCUUUAUAGUGUAGUAGCAGUUGCUUUCAUGGCUGGAAACUUCACUGAUGCACAGAGGCAUGUCUACAACUGGAAUGUUAAUCCAAGUUUUUACUACCCAUUCCUUGCAUUGCAUAUUGUUAUCCCUCUUAGCAUUGUCGUCACUGCCUACUACAAAAUUUUCAGGCUAACUAAAAGAAUGCGAGUAGAUGAACUUGAGCAAUCUGCUGCUACAAAAAUUCAGAGUCGCGAGGUUAGGCUGGCAAAAACACUUGCAAUUGUAAUUGGGCUGUUGUUUCUGGUAUGGCUACCAGUCUUGGUCAUUGAAUGCUUUUAUGCAACAGAAUCAACUUCAUGCAUUACUGAAGCUGCAGGACCAGUAAGUGUAUGGCUUACUGUCUUCAGCGGAGUUAUGAACCCCAUUGUUUAUUUUUAUAGAAACCCCAGUCUAAGAACUGCAUUCCAGCAAGUAGUUAGCUUUCACAAGAAACGUGUGCCUUCUCAGAUGACAACCAGACUUAUACCAACAUCUGAUGAACACAGCAAUUAGAAGCACGUAAAAAGCCUUGAUUUCCUCAUCAAGGGCUCUGGAUGAAAAUUUGCUAUAAAAAACAUAAAAUCUGCUGAUAGCAAGGUGGAAACCUGGACCAGUGUAAGCACCAAAAUAGGUAUGGACAAGACAGUUGCAUGAUGGCACAAAAGGGUCUGGGAGCAGACCCCCAUAGAAACUGUACCUUCUAGAGAAUCAGAGCACAUCUUUUUUGUGCAUUGAAUGUUGAAAUCGAUCCAUGGAAAAUGUUUUGUCCAUCCUAGUCCAACUGUGGUAUAUUGUCCUUGGUUGAAAUUGCAAAGAAAUUAGUUUUAUAUAGACUAGGACCUUACAAGUUAUUUCCAAAACUGUUUCGAUUCAAACCUUGAAAUGAAUUUUCUGUUUACUUUUAGUUCUUUAUAUUCUGAAAAAUGCAAGAGGUCCUUUAUACUUUGAACACCCCAUCUGUCCUUACGAUUUGCAAUGUUAGAAACUUGAUUGACGAUAAAGUAAUUCAAAUUUUUCUAAAGUUCCAUUUUAGCUCUGCAAAUUUAUUCUGAAAAACCCAUACAAUGCAAACUAUUCUGGCUUGUUAUAGUUUGGUUUCAGUUUAGCAGGUUAAUUUUCCUUUAUCGAGAUAGCCAUCAGAAUUGGUUUAUUUCUUUAAAUGUCUGCAUUUCAGUUCUUUUUCAACAUACAAUGCAUCAACAAAUAAUUUUCUUGAGAACAUAACUUUUUUGAUCAGUGAAUGGAAGCAAAAAUAUACAUUUUACAGCAAGAAAUAUUCCCACAAAUGAUGCUUACAGUAUAUCUAUAUAUGAAAUCUUUGCACCAAAUGUUUCAUCAUAUAUAUAGUAACAAAUGAAUAAAAAUUAGGAAUAAUUUAACAAUAUUUUGAAACCAAAAUUUGUAUUAUAACUACCUGUUGGAAAAAAUUGUUAAUCCAUAAAUUUUAAAUCAUUAUAUAUAUUCUUUUACAAUUUUUAAAUGCUUUAACAGUCUAAUUUGAAGCUACUACAGCAUUGAAGCAUCUGCUAAUACUUGUUUAAGACCUACGAAGCUAUAUAACUGCUAUGUCACUCAUAUUAACAUAUAGUUGAAUAAAGCGAACAUGUUAUGUAUAAUAUCAGUGACAGUGCCAGUGUGGCUAUCAGGGAAUUUGAUAUGUCACUUAUAUCAGGGG